AGACAUUAGUCAUCCUUGGAACAAUUACUGACCAAGUGGUCUUGAGUAUUUACCUGUAUUUAUUUCUGUCAUGAAAAACACAUUGUUCAACUUUUUCAACCACCAAUCUUCUAUUAGAUGUCUGAGGUUGCUGGGUCCUCAGAUCUUCUCCUUUCCCCCCACGAAAUUCCUAGUAUUGCUCAUCAAGUAAUAAAACCUAUGCCAUGCGAGUGGGAAGGGUGUACAGUUAUUCUCAACAGUUGGUAUAAUCUGACAAAGCAUACCUUAAGACACUGUGAUCGCAUAUCCAACAUAGAGGGACAGUACCAAUGUCGAUAUCUGAGAUGUGCAGGUCGUGUGCAUGCAACAAAGGAAGCACUCAAAGCACAUGUGGACCUCAGCCAUCUGUCUCGUUUCACAAUUAGUUGUCCAGUUCGAGAUUGUGAGCAAGUUUUUCCGCGAGCAUCUCAACUCAAGUCUCACUUCGAGACUGAUCAUGAAGAUCUCGUCGAUAUGCGCGUGACUCGGGCCUUUGACAGGCUCGUUGCUACUGCACCACCAUCACGACGAAUUAUGACUCAUCCCCCACCAUUGCCGUUGCAGCGUGAACUACAUAAUUGGCAGUUCACUGUUCCUCUCGUCUCACUGCCACCUCACAAACCAUUUGGUCCAGUCGUGCCGGCAGAACCAAUCUCCCGAAGAUGGAGACGAUUAGACGCACCAGACGAGGAUGACUCAAAUUCGAACCACAUCAUUCCACUCGAUGAUCUGGUCCGCCCAGUGAUUCCGUCCCACCAGUCGAAGGAACUUGUCCUCCACGUGCGAAGGAAGCCGUCGUCAUUGAACGAGAGCCAAAGGCUCUCGUAUCCUCAAUCCAUGCCUCGUCCACCUCCCCAUGAUGAUUUCGUUCCUACGACCAUCGGUAUUUCCAUCUUCGAGCGGAAAUUCGGAGAGCUUGCGAAAGAUGGAGUGGUCAAUGGAGAAGCAUAGUUUCAGUCUUGCGAGUGUAUCAGCGAGAGACAGAGAGCUGUGGUUGUGAAUUGGCUGUCGUCGUUGUCGCAUCAUGUACUGUUCGUUAUCGUUGUCGUGUACUGUCGUCAUUGCCCCAUCCUGCUACUGGUACUAUAUUAUACACUGCAAAUAAUCGUAGUAUUGUACUGCCCUUGACUCAUGCUGCGGCGGACAGUUCAAUGCGACCUUUCUUUCUUGCUGACGG